AUGAUCUUUUCCUUGAUUUCCCUGAAUGUGGCGGGGCAGACAAAGAAAUCCACGACUCUAGCCACGACUUUCAUCGGUUGGGCCGCCGGUAACAUGGCAGCUCCCCAGAUUUUCCAAGAAACAGACGCGCCUCGAUAUCAGAAAGGAUUCACCGUCCACUUUUGCCUUUAUGUAUUAUUUAACCUGUUUUUAAUCCUCCUCCGAGUGUUGCUUGUCCGGAGGAACAUCGUUAAGCGCCGUGAUGACCCUACGAUAGUCACUGGGAAACAUGAAGUCAGCUCGAGCAAUGACGAAAAGAUCGAGCACGCCCACGCGUUCGACGAUUUGACGGAUAAAGAAAAUCCUGAUUUUAGAUAUGAACUAUAG